CUUUUGGACUUACAAUGGGAUAUCCUGAGUUUAAACUGCCAAAUCUGAAGGAGUUCCCCUGAAAGCGGCUCAUUCAUGGAGUAAAAGGAGACGUUUGGGGAUCAUGAGUACAGGUAUGAAGAAGCCACCGGUUGCCCCCAAACCCAGGCUGCUUCCACCUCAAAAGCCAGCCCCUCCUCCAAUCGCCCCAAAACCUGAAACCUUACUGCCCACUCCAUCUCCAACAGCAAUAAAACGCGGCAAACCUGCUGUAGCCCCUAAACCAUGUCUGUCCAAGGUCAGCCCCAAAGCACCCCAGAAACCUCCGCCGUCCAUCUCCCAAAGCCCAGGCCAGGCCAGACAAAACCUUUCCAAAACACAAAUUCUCCCAGUCUCAAAAAAUGGGGGUCCAUCCUUACGCUCUGCACCCCUCUCACGUUACAUCAUACCACCUUGCUCCGAGAGUCAUCAUAUAGGCAAUGGCAAGUCAGAGGGUUUUGAAGAAAGAAGUGAAACAGCAGACGAUGAUGCACUAAAAGCCAGAGACAGUCCAACACAGGAGGUCAGUUGCAGUACAAAGGACCAAGUAAUUGCACACCAUCAGGAAGAACAAAUACACACCCCCACACACUCCACGAGCACUCCUCCAGGUGUACGUGAAGAAACACUCACUCCUAUACUCGUAAAGGAUCGCACACAAGUGCACCCUCCCACCCCCACUUGUGGAGACGAAACCCUCCAGAAACAAGACCGACCUGUUGAACAGAGUCAGUCUGUGGCUUCACACUUGCACUGCUUCGGUGCUAACAAUGUACAUGCUGAGAUCAGUAUGCCUGCACCCCCUAGUAAGCCCCUUCCUGUGCCCCAACCACGGCGGCCUCGAAGAACGCUGCUUCUCCGUCAAAAUGUGGUGGAGGGUUCUCCACCAGAAACACCCACACAAACCCUCCAUGAUUUCCCGAUGGACACAGUAAACAGAAGUCCUGGAGACGCAUCACCAGAAAUGCCCAAAAACACUUUAGUGAACUGCAGUACCAUUUCAGACACUCCGCCAGAUUCACCACACAACAAGGAACACAAGGCGGACUCCUCCCACUGCGUAGGCUUCACUUACAACAGAGACUCCACCCAUAGCACACAUGAUGUAAGUGAUGUCGUUCACCCAGCACCCACUCUCCAUUCCAAUCCAGCCUCUGUCGAAGACUUUGUUUCCAUGGAUGCAAAUGUGGAAGAGGAGGAGCUACAACCACCAGCCCCGCCCCCUCGUCAAAAGUCCCUCCCACAAAAAGGUCAUUUCACUUCAUGUUCGCUGGAUAAUCUGAUUCUGUCUGAUCACGAUGACUCUUGUAACCCUGAGGAGACGCUCAACACGGAACAGGAAGAUGAAGAUGAUGAAGAGAAAGGUGGUGCUUAUGGUAAUUUUGCUCGAUACCCGAUCACCAGGAGUUUACCCAAACAAAUCAAACUUGGUUGCCGACCUCGGGUGACGGUGAUAACCAAGGCGUCUUCUGAGGAGGAAAGGUCUCCGAAGGUCAUUCCUAAAAAGCCCCAAAGGCACAGCUUGCCCGCAUCUGCACUGUUGAGGAAACAAAACACACCUCCUCAAAUACAAACGCAAACACCGGCCCCACCUCCUGAGCCUAGUCCAACCAUUUUUGGAGAGUUACCUGCACCUCCACAGGAGAAGCAGUCGGCAUGGCGCAUCACCCUUCCAGGAAUACCUCUUUUCGGCAAGCAACAGCCAAAUCGCAGCAGUAGCCAGCCACAGGCCAGCAGGGCAAGGCCAUUCUUGGUCAAACAGAGAGCAAAAUCCUUUUCAUCUGCUGAUCUCCUGCGAGUGGGCUCCACUCAGAGUCCUGGAUCUUCUGAGCAGCUGGUGCGCUCAGAGCAAAGGCGCCGCAGCCUGAGGAAACUUCUGGAACUGCGGGCUUGCGUCCGGCUGCUUCCGAAGCUGCUGCGGAGCGGCCAGUCUCUGGACUGCACCAGCACGAGUGUGGAGUCCGACGAUCGUACAAACAGCAAGGUCACCUCAGCCAAUGUGGAGGAUGCCCAGGAUGACGAUGAAGGUGACUGUGGGGUAGAGUAUGAGAAUGUUCCACUCUACGAGGAAAUCCCAGAAUAUAUGAACCUGCCUUGGGUCUAUUCCAGUCAGAAUGAAGACGGAGUCUAUGAAGUGCAGGAACCAUAUGAAAUGCACAGGGCUCAGAUGGGCGGUGACCUGUCUGAGGAAGAGCAGGGGCUGAGCUCGAAUGAGGACGAUGAUAACAGCUCCACCUCCAGCAAGGAAGAUAUGGACCAGUCCAGAGACAAAGAGGAGGUAGAGAAGGCGAAGAGGAAUAAAGUGGUUCACAUUGCCAUGGAGAUCAUGAGCUCAGAGAAAGUAUUCGUGGAUGUUCUGAAGUUGCUACACAUCGACUUCCGGGAUGCUGUUGCCAAGGCAACCCGUGCCAGUGGAAAGCACGUGGUGGAGGAGCGGGUGCUGAAUCAGAUCCUCUACUACCUACCCCAACUCUAUGAGCUCAACAAAGACCUGCUGAGAGAGCUGGAGGAGAGAGUGGCACACUGGUCAGAUCACCAGAGGCUGGCUGACAUCUUUGUGCAGAAGGGGCCGUAUCUGAAGAUGUACUCCACUUAUAUCCGAGAGUUUGACCGCAAUGUGGCUCUCUUGGACGAACAGUGUCGCAAAAACCCCUCUUUUGCCACAGUUGUGCGGCAGUUUGAGACAAGUCCUCGGUGUGCCAGUCUAGCUCUGAAGCAUUACCUGCUGAAACCAGUGCAGCGCAUUCCACAGUAUCAGCUCCUCCUGACAGAUUAUUUGAAAAACCUUCCUGAACACUCCUCUGACUACAAAGAUACACAAACUGCUCUUGGUGUGGUAAAGGAAGUUGCAAACCAUGCCAAUGACAUCAUGAAACAAGGGGAUAACUUUCAGAAGUUGAUGCAGGUUCAGUACAGUUUGAACGGCCAUCAUGAAAUUGUGCAGCCAGGAAGGGUGUUCCUUAAGGAGGGCACCCUGAUGAAACUGUCAAGGAAGGUCAUGCAGCCCAGAAUGUUCUUCCUGUUUAAUGACAUCCUGCUAUACACUACUCCAGUGCAGUCUGGGCAGUAUAAAGUCAACAGCAUGCUCUCCCUGGCGGGUAUGAAGGUAAGCAAGCCCAGUCAGGAGGCUUAUCAGAAUGAACUGAACAUUGAGAGUGUGGAACGCUCUUUUAUCCUGUCUGCCAGCUCAGCCACAGAGAGAGAUGAAUGGCUAGAAGCCAUUGCCACAGCGAUAGAGGACUACACCAGGAAAAAGAUCUCUUUCAUCUCCAGCCGAAGCCAGGAGGUCUGUGUGCAAGAGCGUGUGUGUAGUGUCUACCGAAUAAGAUCUGAGGGUGUGUCUGUUGAUGGUCCUCCUCUGGGUUCUAAAGCUCCUAUCUGGAUCCCGGACCUUCGGACCACUAUGUGUAUGAUCUGCACCUGCGAGUUCACACUUACCUGGAGACGUCAUCACUGCCGGGCCUGUGGCAAGGUUGUGUGCCAGGCAUGUUCAUCAAAUAAAUAUUACCUGGAGUACCUGAAGAAUCAGCUAGCAAGAGUCUGUGACCAAUGCUAUGCCAAACUCCAGCAGAAAGAUAAAGGUAACCAGUCCGGGGUAUGUGUUUCACCCAGUGGACGAAGCUCAAGCUCAGCAUUCUCCUUCUCUAGGAAACAGAAGAAGAUUCCCUCAGCACUGAAAGAGGUGUCUGCUAACACUGAGAAUUCCUCAAUGAGUGGCUAUCUGCAGAGGUCUAAAGGCAACAAGAAACCCUGGAAGAGGCUGUGGUUUGUCAUCAAGAAUAAAGUCCUCUACACUUACGCUGCUAGUGAGGAUGUUGCAGCAUUGGAGAGUCAGCCAUUACUGGGAUUUUUCUUGAGAGAAGAAAAGUCUGGACCAGCACAGAAACUGCAGUUUAAACUCUAUCACAAAAACACUCUCUACUAUAUCUUCAGAGCAGAGGAUAUCCCUACGGCUCAGAGAUGGAUUGAGGCGUUUCAGGAGGCCAUGAUUCUUUGACUACUCUGUGUGGCUUAAAUUAAUGUCAAUCUGGAACCCUUCCUUUGACCUGCUGCACUGGACCGGCAAAUAGUGACUUGAGCUCAGAAGACUCUCAGAAGAAUUACAGUAACAUUUGAAGCAAAGGAUGCUGGUAGAUGUAGUUUUAGUCUUCAUCAAACUAUAUUACUAGAAUUAAACCAGCAUUUCAAUGUUAAGGUUAUUGUAGCCUCUUCUACCCUUGUGUCCUCUUUUGUAAUGCUCCCCCACACCAUAAGCAAUCUAAACAAUUGAUUCAUUUGUUUGAGAUUGAUCAUUUUUCCUCAUGGAUCUGGAUUCCAAGGGAUUUUAAUGGGGUUUUAGUAGAAGACAGCCAGACAUUCCAGAUUCUGCACCUUCAAGCACAAAAAAACUAGAUGUUCUUGAACACCGAAUGUUCUGAACAUACCAGUAACAUCCAGUGUGAUGUUCUUGAUACGUUAGAAUGGGCGGCGGUAUAAAGGAGCAAGUGACAGGAAGAGUCUGGUUAAAGAUGUAUUUGGUUGCCUGGUAACAGAUCAAAUGAACAGGUCACAGGUGUGAUCAAGGGUCAAGUGUGGAAGUGCACGAGCAAGUGUGACAUGAGGAAUGUUAGGUGCCUCUAGAUGCUUCUGUGGCAGAAUCUAUGUAUAUGAUGUCUGCCCAGGUCUUUGUGGGAGAUGUUGGAUGCUGCUGUGAAAGCCAGUAGUUUUUAGACACCUUAAAGGAAUAGAUAAGUCCAUAAUGCUAACAUUGUGCUGCUAACAGUGAAUGAAAGUGAAUAGCCAGUGGUUAGCAUUGUGCAAAUAGAGUCAUGCUAAUUGAUAUCAUCUGGCUUCCAUUCAUUGCUAGCCAUGUUAGCAUGUUUUGUUCCGCUGUUCCUUUACAGAAACCACAUUUUUAUUGUACGUUUAGCUUUUUUAAACAUCUUUUUUUUAUCUCCUCCUUUUGUAUAAAGUAGAACUCACAGUAAAAAAAAACAUUAAACUAUUUUACUGGGAAAUAACUGGAUAUAAAUGUAAAUAUGCUGUACAUGGUAAUAUAAUGCAGGUAUUUAAAACAGUUCAGGAUGUUUAGCCUCCUUGAAUGAAUUUAAUGAUUUUGUAAUUUAACAAAGAAUUCCAGUUUUCAGCCGGCUGACUAAGCACUAUGUAAUAUCGCUGUGUAAUACAGAUCAUAGCAUUCUAAGCUGUGAAUAAUUACCCAGCUCAGUGAAAACUGUUAGCUCUGUUAUCAGGGAAAAAAAUAACGUUAGUUUCUUUACUGGUUAAAUUUCUUUGUGCACCUUGUUUUUUUGGGAUUACAGUGAAACUAUUUUCUUUAUUUGUGUUAAAUGGACAUGAACUAACUAUCACAGAUUUCCAUAGAGGUCUUCUACAGUAUUACCCAAUCUAGUUUAAUAAGUUUCAUAUGUUCUUGUUGAUGUUUGUGUGUGUGUGUGUACUCUGUACUGCGUCCACUGAGAUAUAUAACAGUGUAUUCUGUCACUUUGGGGAAAGUGAUGUUUGAAAACAAAAUGCACUGUGCACUGCACACUGAACUGCCACCACUUUGGAAUUUUAUCUGCUGUUUUCAGUCACUUGUCACCGUUCCAGCUGGUUGGGGUUAAUUAUAGUGUACAGCCGAUAAGUUGAAAACACUCCAAGGAAGUAUUGCCCUCAAGUAUGUCAGACAUAGAUGUAAAGAACUGUAAUAAAUAAUUUUAAGUAGCUU